AUGCCUUCUGCGGAACGUGUGGAUAGAAGACAGCCGUUAUUACUGCCAGUUUCUAGACAUUACGAGGAUUCGAUUGAAUACUCUGGUUGUUGUAAGGUAACAACAAUCAUUACUUCUGUAUUGUUUUUCUGUGGAGUAUUGGCCCUCGGACUCGCUUUUACUUUUUUCUUUGUAGUCGAGAAGUUAGAGUUAGAUAAAAAUUCAUCAUUUCCAGAAGGUUCCUCAAACUUUCCUUCAGAAGUCUUCACAGAAAAAUUAACAGCACAACCUUCUUCUACCGUGUCAACUUCCGCUCCCCCAGGAGAAGUUGUUGUGUUGAAAAAGCAUGUCACUUCCACUAGCGCCUCGGUUUCCUAUCCAACUACGAACCACUGUGAUCAACGGAUUGUUGGCUUCUAUUCUGAAAACGAGCUGUCCGAAAUAACGAAAUCUCAACUUCGAAAAUUGACUCAUGCCAUUUUUGCCUACAUUCGUAUGAACGCUGACGGCACACUUCAAUUCAAAGAUGAGGAAGUGAAACGAAGAUUUCUUGAUUUGAGAAAAGAAUCGAAGACAUUGAAGUCUAGUCUGAAAAUCAUGAUUUCCAUAGGUGGACCGGAUAAUUCGGUUAAUUUUCCAAAAGUUAUCAUGGAUGUUAUGAAACAAAGAAUAUUUAUUGAGUCAAUCAUAUCGUUUCUCAAAGAAUAUCAAUUGGAUGGAGUCGAUUUGUUUUGGAAAUGGCCAAAGGAGUAUCAAAAACAUGAAUUCACUAGAUUUUUGAAUGAAUUUAAGUACAAUUCGAAAUUAAAAAACGAAGAAUACAUUGUAUCCGUAACUGCUCCAGCACCUGGAAUAGAUGGAUGGGAAAACGGAUUCGAUUUAAACGAGAUUCUGAAAAAUGUGGACUUUAUCAAUGUUCUCACUAUGGAUUACUAUGGACCAUGGGACAGUAUAUGGGGAAAUCCAACAGGACCAUCAUCUCCAUUGUAUUCUAAAGUUGACGUGAAAAAGAAUGUAGAUUACAGUAUGGAACACUAUGUGUGCGAGACAUCCCAGCCUUCCAAAUUCAAUAUUGUCAUCCCUUUUCACGUAAAACUAUGGAAAAAUGUUCAAGAAGCAUUAUCACCUGAAAAUAUAAUGUUCCGCCGCGUCGAGCUAAAAAAUAGUAAAGCAGAAGGAGACGCCUACAUGUCAAGAUGGACUGUAGGGCAUGAGAAUUGGAAGAUUUCUAAUGCAACAUGGGAUGAAGAAACAAAGAGUUCAUAUAUUUGGAAUCCAGUUGCGAAGACCUACUUGACUUUCGAAUCUGAUGAAAGUAUAGCUGCAAAGAUGGAAUAUGUGAAAUCAAUGAACUUGGGAGGUGUAUGGAUAUGGUUUGUAGAUCAAGAUGACGUCAAGAAUAGUCUUUUGGGUUCUGUGUUCAAUCAUAAAGAAUGCUCGACAGUAGAGAAGAAUAUUGUUAAUUAUAAAUGUUGA